AUGAUGUACCAGUCUGAAUCUGAGAGAGCACAGUAUUUGGGUUACCUUGCUUCAGAAAAGCCUGCGUUAAUUUGGUCACAAAAUAUGGCUCCAACAUUUAAGGCAAAUAUGACUGUUGUGCGUGUAACUGAAGCUGCUCCACCAGGUACGUCUGUUUUCCGGAUAUCAGCUGAUGAUAAAGAUGGUGACCCACUCUUGUAUGGGCUGGAAGGAGAAUUAGCAUCACGUUACUUCAUGGUGAACGGCAGCAGCGGCGAUGUAAUUGUUAAAGAAGCUGUUGACAGAGAGGUCUUUGCAAAUAGCAAUGAUCACUUUGGAGUAAUUAUUACCGUUCAUGAUGGGAUAAAUGCAUUGGUGAAAAAGACUUUGCAUAUUUAUAUCGAGGAUAUUAAUGACAACUCGCCAGCCUUUAAAGGGUUACCGUAUCAAGUUGAAGUUGCAGAGAAUGAAAAUGUGGGAACUGAAAUAUUCAGGGUAUUUGCAAGAGACAUUGAUAGAGGCAAUAAUGGCUCUGUAACAUAUGAAAUUCUAGAGCUUCUACCCUCAGAUAAUAAUGAUUUAUUUGAAAUAUCCAAAAAUGGAAGCAUUUACCUGGAAGGUCAGCUGGACUUCUCUAUAAGCACCAUUUAUCAGCUUCUUGUCAAAGCAGAGGAUCAAGGAGAACCAGAAACAAAAUAUUCUACUGCCAGAUUGAUCAUAAAUGUGAUUGACAUACCAAAUAAACCACCAGAAUAUUUAAACUCUUUUUACUAUGUUCGAGUUCCAGAGAAUUUACCUGUGAAUACAAGUAUCAUCACUGUAACAGCAAUUGAUGGAGACCGAGGUAUUAACAAUCCAGUCAGGUAUAGUAUUAAUGGUAUGAAAGCAUUUACUGUGGAUCAAGUAACUGGUACAAUCAGUACUGUUUCUUUGCUGGAUAGAGAAGAGAUGAGAGAACAUAUAACAAUUGAUAUCACUGCUUUUGAACUUGUUGAAGGUGUUAAAGACCUAUCUGCUUCAACAACAACAGCAGUUACGGUAUUAAUACUUGAUAUAAAUGACAAUAAACCAGUAUUUUACUCAGUGCAUGGAGUGGCUACUGACAGUUUUCAUGUCAGUGUGCCUGAGGAGACUGCAAACGGUGUACCCAUUCUUCACCUAUUUGUACAAGACCUUGAUCAAGGUUACAAUGGGACAUUUGAAGUGUUUCUUACUGGGGCAAAUUCCACCGCUUUUAACUUGAAUCAAAAUUUUGUUUAUAAUGAGGGAAUAUUAACACUCCACGUGGCAAACUCUGAGACCCUAGACUUUGAGAAGAGUCAUCUCUUACAGUUUCAGAUAUGUGCUGUUGAAGUGGAGACACAAGAAUUGUUCAGCUCUGUUGCCGUUGUACAUGUUGAUAUAACGGACAGAAACGACAACAGCCCUGUAUUUGAUCAAGAUUAUAUUUUACUGGAAGUCUCAGAAGACAGUCCAAAUGGCUACAACGUGACUUGCAUCACUGCCACAGAUGCUGAUAGCUCAAAUUUUCGCAGGAUAACCUACCAACUUCUUGGAUCUGACAGCGUAUUGCAGACAUUUGAUGUGCACCCAAAUCUUGGGACGUUCUAUGUGAAGAAUAAAACAUUCUUGGACAGAGAGAAGAGACAGCAGUUUUUUGUCACACUGCAAGCUAGAGAUGGUGGAGGACUUGCAACCAAUGUACAGAUAGAAGUUUCCGUCUCAGAUGCAAAUGAUGAAGUACCCAUUUUCCAAAGAAACAGUUACGCUGGAUUCAUUAAGGAAAAUGUAAUCAAAGAUAUUGUCCAGGUUCAGGCUUUUGACAGGGACCAGGAGGGUUCCCCGAACAGUAACAUCAUUUACUCAAUCAUCGAAGGAGAUCCUGCUAAACAUUUUACAAUCAAUAGUUCCACUGGAAUAAUAUCUGUAGUCAAACCAUUGGACAGGGAAUCCAUGGAUGGUUCUUUGAAUGGAAUUAUCAAUUUAACUGUGCAAGCCAGAGAUUGUGGUAAUCCUGCACAUAGCUCGACAGCACAGGUUGCCAUCAAAGUGGAGGAUGUGAAUGACAAUGAACCAGUUUUUAACCAGAGCACCAUUUUUGUUGCUGUAACUGAAGAUCAGCUAGAUCAGUGCAUUGUUUCCAUAUGGGCCUUGGAUAAUGAUGUCACUGAUCCAAACCGAUUAUUGAUCUACAGAAUUGAAGAUGGGGCCAGGGGACAGUUUAUUAUCAGCACAGAGAAGAGAGAGCUGCAUCAACCUGCUGCAUGUAUCCGGGUAAAUCCAGAGUCUAGACUUGAUUACGAUGGUGGGCCACGUAAGUAUAGACUGAGAGUGGCUGCCAGCGAUUUUGGGUUCAAUCCCAACACCGGCUACACGACAGUUGAAGUGGAUAUCUUGGACGUCAAUGACGAAACUCCUGUUCUGAUUGGAAGUUCACUCUCUAAUGUGUUUGCAAGAGAAAAUGGAAGAAUUAAUGCAACAGUCACUGCCAUUCAAGCUUUUGAUCCAGACACUGAUGCAGAACUGCACUUCUUUAUUAGAGGAACUGAGUGCCUCGAUGAGGACGAGGAAAGGCUGAGUAGUUCACUCUGUAAAAACUGGUUUCAAGUGAUGGAGCAAUCAGGGUUUUUGCUUUACAGUGGUUCAGUCGACCGUGAAAGUGUCCAGGCUGUUCGACUCAGAAUACAAGUUGUGGACUACAACACUGUUCUCUCUUCAAAUAUGAGCGAGGAAGGGCAUAUCAAAAUAAUCAUUGCUGACGAAAAUGACAAUCCACCUGAAUUUACCAGGAUGGAAAAUAAAAGUGUUGUUCUAUCUGAAUUUAUCAUUGAUGGUUUAGAGGUUGCAGUGUUUGAGGCCACUGACUAUGAUGUCGGGAAAAAUGGCAUCAUUACAUUCUCCAUUGUGGAAGUCAUUUUCUCUGCAGCGGAUGCACCACCAACAAACAAAACAGUGGCAGAGUCUUUUUAUAUUCAAACCUUUUUAAACAGCAAACACUUCUGGCGGGGCAGUCUACGAAUAAGAAAUCAUUUGGACUUUACACUGAAGGGAGGCUGGAAGGUAAAAGUUGCUGCCACUGAUGGAGGAUUACCCAACAACACUGUUCAUCGCCUAUUAGAAGUCUUUGUCGUUGAUGGGAACAGUAAGCUACAACUAAUUUUUGACAGUCCGCCAGGAAGUGUGCUUCUUAAUGAGAAAAAGAUACUGAGUGUUUUAGAAGCUGUUGAACCUGAAAACACUGUUAUUGUUUCGAAAAUCUCACCAGCCAUCAAAAACAUGAGCUUGAAAGGGACGGUGAUGGAUGUGUAUUUUAUCUGUGGAAAUGGCACUACUGUGGAUCCAGGUGUAGUUAGAGGACAGAUAGAACAAAAUGUUGCUGUGCUUUCCAAGCUUAUUGACAUGGGUUUGGUAACUGUGGAUUCGAAUUCCUCUCACCUGCAACCUGACAACAAAAAUGUCUUGUAUGGAGUGAUUUUUAUAUUAGCAGCUGCCAACAUAAUUUCAAUUACUUUGGCUGCAUUUGUGCCGAUAUGUAUUAGACAAAGCUAUCAACAUAAAUUGAAAGCGGCUUCAGCAAUGACUGCCACAGUUAUGACCUCUGUGAAAAGUAAUCCUGUGAUUGCUGAUGUACCUGGAACAAAUAUGCACACUUCUGAAGGAUCCAACCCAAUCUGGAAUAAAACACUGUUCAGCGAAACAAGCAGCAAUUUCAAUGAAGAAUCUUGUUUGGACAAGAAAAGUUUGAACUCUCUUGAUGAUAAUGUCGUUGCUGAUGAGAAGGAUUACUUUAAUAUUCGAAAACCCGGCAAGUACAAAGACCAGGAUAUUUUGAAAGGUGCUCAAGAAAGGGAUGUGAAAAAUUCACAGCAGAUGUUAUCACAAGACUUCCUUUCAGUGGCUUUAGCAUCACAUGAAGAACACAAAUUUAUGGAAAAGUUGGAAUGUGGGAAGAUAGGAUAUUUGUUCAGUAACAAGAGUCUGAAAUGUACCGAUCUGUAAAUCAAGAAAGUUGCACCAUUACAAAUUCAGUGGCUUUAUGGUGCUGACAUGAAAUCAUAACUCUAGCUGCACAGGUAGGAAUACUUAACCCUUGAAGUUGGGUUAGUAGCUUGGGCAGUUAGUUUUUUUUUAAAUUCAAGUGACGUUUCCUUAAACCAAUGUUCACAUUGCUAUAAUAUGUUAUUAAUAUGCACAUUUUCCUGCAGAUUCUAAAUAGCAGUCAGCAACUAUGCUCCCCUCAGCCUGGAACACUCUAACCAACUGUAGCACUGAAUUACUGUCUUGGCAAAGAUUAGGCCAAUCAGCUUGUACCAUGGGCUGUAUAGGCUGUGCUGUUCAAAUUUACACCAGACCACAUUAGCCAUCAUGAAAGAGUACAUUUUGAUACUUCAUUCAGGUUAUUAUUAAGGUACCUGUUCUCAGAACAAAAACAGUCACAAUAUUUGCUUUCAUAUUUUGCUGUUCGGCUUUCAAAGUUUACUUUGGUAUGUGGGCCUCACUGGCAACAGUGAAAGUUUAUAGUGUACUAUUAAUAUUUGGAACUUGGGUUUUUGGUUUUUAGUUCUGUGACUUUUUUAAAAUGGUCAGAAGUUUCUUUUAGCUUUGGGUCAAAAUAGACUUUCCAAGAAAUUGUGCAACGAUAGCUUAAAUGACUAGAGAAACUGCCUGCUGGGAUAAUUGCUGAAUUGUUUAUUAAGUUGAGCUUUUAUGACAUUGGGAAAGAAAAGGAGGGGCCAGAGGCCAGAAGGCGUUUCAGUUCAGAAGAUUCAUGCCAGUAGAUGUUUUGUUUAAUCGCAAAGUAGUAUAAGUCAAAGAAAGGGCAGUGAGUUAGCCUAACUAGUGAGAGUGCAGAAAGUCACCAAAUGGAAAUGCUUGUGAGCUUAUUGUUUGAGUAACAAAGCAAACAGUGUAGAUUAGAGUGAUACUACACUUGUGUUGAAUAUCUGUAUAGGAUA